CGUACCCACAGUGCCACACGCACAUGGGUCCUCCUUCCAGGUUUCGUCCUCAUUUAAUUAUGUCCCACUAUCUCUUUUGACUCUUUUACCAAAUAAUCAUUCCUUAAGAGCAAGAAGAAUAAAAUAAAAAUAAAAAAGAGGAAAUAUUUCAAGAUGAGUUCUCCUCUGCGCAUGAAUAUGGAUUCUGCCAAUCGUGGUGCCGCCCCUCCUUCGAGUCGCAAACGCUCACGCACCGGAGGAGCCGAUGCAUCCUCUUCCGUUGCCGCCUCUAGCCCUAUGCCUUCGUCUCCCCCUGCCUUCAAUAUUGCCCAUGGAGGCGACGACGAUGACGACAUUGAGGAAGAAGCUGAGGUUCAAGACGAUUUGGAAGAUCUCGAUGAGAUGGCCGAAGACGACGUGGAUCUUUUCCGCGAAGGUUUCGAACGAGAUUACAGAGAGAAGGAUGACAACGAUGUCUACGAAGGAAUAGAUAUCGAUGAUGAAGGAGAUUUUGAUGAUAUGAACCUCGGCGAAAGGAGACGAUUAGAAGCCCAACUCAACCGCCGAGACCGAGAAGUAGCACGUAGACGGCGAAUGCCUCAAGCCUUCCUUCAAGACGAAGAUGAUGAUGGCGACGUUGACCUCACUGCCCAACCCCGUCGUCGUCGUCAUCAUUAUGACGAAGACCCAGACGAUGAGAUGGACCAGGAUAUCAUGGACGAAGAGCUCUCACUCGAAGCUCUACAAGACGUAAAGGCUGCAAGUUUGACCGAAUGGGUCUCUCAACCAUCCGUACAACGUACCAUCAAGCGAGAAUUCAAGGCCUUCUUAACAGAGUAUACCGAUGAGAGCGGUUCUUCCGUCUAUGGUAACCGUAUCCGAACUCUCGGUGAGAUUAACGCCGAGUCUCUCGAGGUGUCUUACGACCAUUUGUCUUCGUCUAAGGCUAUUCUUGCCUACUUCCUUGCGAACGCACCCGCCGAAAUGCUGAAGCUCUUCGACGACGUGGCCAUGGAAGUUGUCCUUCUCCAUUACCCCGACUACGAGCGCAUCCACCCCGACAUUCACGUUCGUAUUUUUGAUCUUCCCGUUCAUUACACUCUUCGCCAGCUGAGACAGUCGCACCUUAACUGUCUGGUCCGAGUGAGCGGUGUCGUUACCCGGCGAACAGGUGUCUUCCCCCAACUGAAGUAUGUGAAAUUUGAUUGCACCAAAUGCGGUGUUACCCUGGGUCCUUUCCAGCAGGAAUCCAACGUGGAAGUCAAGAUCUCGUUCUGUCAAAACUGUCAAUCUCGCGGACCCUUCACCUUGAACUCGGAGAAGACAGUCUACCGGAACUACCAGAAAUUAACGCUCCAGGAAUCACCUGGAACCGUACCUGCCGGUCGUCUACCUAGACAUCGAGAGGUUAUCCUGCUCUGGGAUCUAAUUGACAAAGCGAAGCCUGGCGAGGAGAUCGAAGUCACCGGUAUCUACAGAAACAACUACGAUGCUCAGCUGAACAAUCGUAACGGGUUCCCCGUCUUUGCUACCAUCUUGGAGGCAAACAAUGUUAUUAAGGCUCACGAUCAGCUUGCCGGAUUCCGGUUGACCGAAGAAGACGAGCAUGAGAUUCGUAAACUUUCCCGCGAUGCCCAGGUUGUCGAUAAAAUAAUCAACUCGAUAGCACCUAGUAUCUACGGACACACCGAUAUCAAGACUGCCGUCGCCUUGUCUCUCUUCGGCGGCGUCGCGAAGACGACCAGGGGCGAGCAUCACGUACGAGGAGAUAUCAAUGUAUUACUGCUCGGUGAUCCGGGUACGGCCAAGUCCCAGGUACUCAAGUACGUUGAGAAAACUGCGCACCGAGCUGUUUUCGCUACUGGUCAAGGAGCUUCCGCCGUUGGUCUUACGGCUAGUGUCCGUCGAGACCCCCUGACUAGCGAGUGGACGCUGGAGGGAGGUGCCCUGGUGCUCGCUGACAAAGGCACGUGUCUCAUCGACGAAUUUGACAAGAUGAACGAUCAGGAUCGAACUUCUAUACAUGAAGCUAUGGAACAGCAAACGAUCUCUAUAUCAAAGGCUGGUAUCGUCACCACUCUGCAGGCUCGAUGUGGUAUCAUCGCGGCAGCUAACCCGAUCGGAGGCCGUUACAACUCUACCAUACCGUUCUCGUCUAAUGUCGAAUUAACCGAGCCCAUCUUGUCCCGAUUUGACAUUCUUUGCGUCGUUCGGGAUACCGUAGACCCCUCCGAAGACGAGCGCUUAGCCCGGUUCAUCGUUGGUUCUCAUAGCCGCAGUCACCCGUCUACUCAGCCUGCUGAUGGGUCUAUGGAGGUUGAACAGGAUGCCGAGGCGACUCCGGAAGUACAGGCACAGCCAAGCAAGGAGGGCGAGCUCUCUCAGGAGUUACUACGCAAAUACAUCCUUUAUGCACGAGAACACUGCCAACCGAAACUCUUACAUAUGGAUGAAGAUAAGGUAGCGCGACUAUUCGCCGAUAUGCGACGGGAAUCGCUAGCUACCGGCGCUUAUCCAAUCACCGUCCGUCACUUGGAAGCCAUUAUUCGAAUAUCCGAAGCUUUCUGUCGGAUGAGGCUGUCGGAGUACUGUUCCGCCCAUGACAUCGAUCGGGCCAUCGCUGUCACCGUUGAUAGCUUCAUCGGCAGCCAGAAGGUGAGCUGCAAGAAGGCGCUUGCGCGCGCAUUUGCCAAGUACACGCUGGCGAGACCCGGUGCAUCUAGCACGCGGAGAGGCGCACCGCCUCAGCGUCGAACUGCGGUGGCGGCCUAGUUUAAAGGUGAAUGAUGAGUCAAAUUCGGUGUAGGGAUGGUCACUUGCCCCGAGAGAAACGGACGGUGGAAUGUGGGAACCUAAGAUUGGGCGUUGGGUUUGACGAUAACGUUGAUGUCGAUAUGUAUGCAUGUGGGUUUGGGUGUGAGUCGCUUACAAUAGUUGUCUCCUUGUAUUGACAAAUGUUAUUCUACGUAGCACAUCCCAGAUCAGACAGCCUUGGGUUAAGAAGCUAAGAGCUCAUAAUAUGAUGUUUCCCGGGACUUCCGUCGAAGGCGAUAUAUUAAGAAUAGAAAAUUCGACUUACUCUCCAGGU